AUGAGGUUCCUCUGUUCCUUUAGAGCCUCUGGACAGAAGGUCAUUUCUGCCAUCCAGAAGCACAGAUCAGCUGAGAGCGACGCACCAGAAGAAGGCCUAAGAGUUUCCGAAAGUGCUGGUUCAAAAAACAUAUUGCACCUCUCUACCAAAGUCACAGCAGCUCACUCACCAGCUGUUUGUUCCUGUGCUAAGGAAAAGAGAGUGUGGAAAAGCUGGAAGAAAUCAUCCUCUUCCUGUUUUGUCAACACGUUCUUUCUUCUUUCCCUUUGGCCUGAUCCCCAAGAUUUGAAUUCGAUCAAGAACUAUACUGCAGGCCAAGCAUGGUGGCUCACGCCUAUAAUCCCAGCACUUUGGGAGGCUGAGGGCUUUGAAGAAAAAUCAGCUUCUGGCAAUGUGAACUGCAGCCAGAUCCAGCCAGUGCAUGAGGUCAGUGAGUAUGCACACACCAUUGAAGAUAAAGACAAUGAGGUUCUGGAAAUGAGUCACAUGCCGGAGUCCUGGAAUCCCAGUGCCCUUGCUUCUCCCUAUAAGAACCCAGCCUUCAACCUGCUGCGCCUGGAACUGGAGGGAGCACAGAAGUUGGUGACUCAACUUACAGCCAUUGGAGGCAUUAUUGUGGCAGCGGACCUUCUCCACUGACUCCAGAGCCAGGUGACUAACGCCAGUCUCACACUCAAGCUUUUGGCUGACUCUGACCAGAGCAGCUUUGGUGCUCUCCAGCAGGAGGUGGAUGUCCUUGAGAGUCAACUAAGUGAAUGUGAGAGACAAAAGGAGAAAGAACAGGCCUCCAGACGCCUGGACCACCCCUCCCCCCGGGUGAGUGAACAGACUGAGUUUCUCAAGGUCUUAUCUCUUCAGAGACCAGGUUGGGAGUGCAUGUUGGCUAUGGUAAACUGAGGGGAGGGAAGAACAAUUUUUUUGUUGUUGUUGUUUGAGACGGAAUCUUGCUCUGUUGCCCAGGCUGGAAUGCAGUGGCAUAAU